CUGACUGCACCACUGACAAGUCGUUCCCUCGUCUCUCUCCCUCUCCCCCAGCUUCCCUAUUCCCUGAGACAAGACAAUAUUGAAAUUAGGCCAAUUAAUAACCUUACGGUGGCUUCUAAGUGUUCAGGUGAAAGGAAGAGUCACUCUUCCCUCACUUUAAAACAAAAGAUAGAAAUGAUUAAGCUUAGUGAGGUAGGCCUGUCGAAAGCCAAGACAGGCCAAAAGCUAGGCCUCUUGCCAGUUAGCCAAGUUGUGAAUGCAACAGAAGAGUUCUUGAAGGAAAUUAAAAGUGUUACGCCAGUGAACACACAAAUAAUAAGAAAGCAAAACAGCCUUAUUGCUGAUAUGGAGAAAGUUUUAGUGGUCUGGAUAGAAGAUCGAAUGAGCCACAACAUUCCUUUAAGCCAGAUCUUACUCCAGAGCAAGGCCCUAACUCUCUUCAAUUCUAUGAAGGCUGAGAGAGGUACGGAAGCUGCAGAAGAAAAAUUUGAAGCUAGGAGAGGUUGGUUCAUGAGGUUUCAGGAAAGAAGCCAUCUCCAUAACACAAAGGUGCGAGGUGAAGCAGCAAAUGCUGAUGUAGACGCUGCAGCAAGUUCUCCAGAAGAUCUAGGUAAGAAAACUGAUGAAGGGGGCGACACUGAACAACAGAUGUUCAGUGAAGACAAGACAGCCUUAUACUGGAAGAAGAUGCCACCUAGGACUUCCACAGCUGGAGAGGAGAAGUGGAUGCCUGACUUCAAAGCUUCAAAGAACACGCUGACUCUCUCGUUAGGGGCUCAUGCAGCUGAUGACUUUAAGUUGAAGCCAAUGCUCAUUUGCCAUUGGGAAAAUCCUAGGGCCCUUAAGAAUUAUGUUAAAUCUAUUCUGCCUGUGCUCUAUACAUGGAACGACAAAGCCUGGAUGACAGCGCAUCUGUGUAGAACACGGUUUAAUGAAAAUUGUAAGCCCACUGUUAAGAACUGCUCAGAAAAAAAGAUUCCUUUCAAAAUAUUACUGUUCAUUGGCAGUGCACCUGGUUACCCAAGAACUCUGAUAGAGAUAUACAAGGAGAUUCAUGUUGUUUUCACGCCUGGUAACACGACAUCCAUUCCACAGCCCAUAGAUCAGGGAGUAAUUUCAACUUUCAAGUCUUAUUAUUUAAGAAAUACAUUUUGUAAGGCUAUAGCUUCCAUAGAGAGUGAGUCCUCUGAUGAAUCUGGGCAAAAUAAAUUGAAAACCUUCUGGAAAGGAUUCACCAUUCUAGUUGCCAUUAAGAACAUUUGUGAUUCGUGGGAGGAGGUCAAAGUAUCACCAUUAACAGGAAUUUGGAAGAAGUUGAUUCUGGCCCUCAUGGAUGGCUUCGAGGGGUUCAAGACUUCAGUGGAGGAUGUAACUGUAGAUGUGGUGGAAAUAGGAAGAGAACUAGAGUUAGAAGUGGAGCCCGAAGAUGUGACUAAACCUCCGCAAUCUCAUGAGAAAAGUUUUACAGAUGAGGAGUGGCUUCUUGUGGAUGAGCAAAGAAAGUGGUUUCUUGAGAAGGAAUCUACUCCUGGUGAAGAUGCUGUGAACUUUGUUGAAAUGACAACAAAGGAUUUAGAGUAUUACAUAAAUUCAGUUGACAAAGCAGCAGCAAGGUUUGAGAGGAUCGACUCCAAUUUUGAAAGAAGUUCUACUGUGGGUAAAAUGCUAUCAAACAGCAUCACAUGCUACAGAGAAAUCCUUCAUGAAAGGAAGGGUCAAUCUAUGUGGACUUCACUGUUGUCUUGUUUUAAAAAAUUGCCACAGUCACCCCAACCUUCAGCAACCACCACCCUGAUCAGUCAUCAGCCAUCAACACCGAAGCAAGACCAUCCACCAGCAAAAAGAUUAUAACUCGCUGAAGGCUCAGGUGAUGGUUAG